CAGGCUCUCAAUCCUGAGAGCUGGCGGUUUUCGCUCGGAGCGGGCCUCCUCCGCCCGUGCCUGGUCCUGGAGUGCUCCGGCCUCUUACAUAGGAGUUCACCCCGCGGUGACGUCAGCGAUCUGUGGCUAUGGCCUCUUCCUGCAGCGCCAGGCUCCGCCCGGCCUCAAAGUCGACCCAAGUGCGCUCUGGUGCUCUGCGGUUGGGUGGAAACAACCCUCUCCCAGCGGUUUAGACGUUGGCCUGCAGGAGAAAAACAUUUUCUGUACUUCUCUAAGGGUUCUGUGGGGGACAAUUAUCAAGACCUUCGCAGUCACUUAUGCCUGGGCAGAAAAGUAUUCAUGUCUAAGAAGAAUAAUUAGGUUUCCUCUGAUUUACCCUGAAAGUUAUGUGAGAAUGAUGUGCACUGCCAAGAAAUGUGGAGUUAGAUUCCAGCCUCCAGCUAUUAUCUUAAUCUAUGAGAAUGAAAUCAAAGGAAAGAGUCGCCAGCGCAUCAUGCCAGUCCGAAAUUUUUCAAAGUUUUCAGACUGCACCAGAGCUGCUGAACAGUUAAAGAAUAAUCCACGACACAAGAGUUACCUGGAACAAGUAUCCCUGAAGCAGCUAAAGAAGUUAUUCACUUUUUUACGAGGUUACUUAUGGGGACAGAGUUUGGCAGAAACGAUGGAACAAAUUCAACGGGAAACAACCAUUGAUCCUGAGGAAGACCUGAACAAACUAGAUGACAAGGAGCUUGCCAAAAGGAAGAGCAUCAUGGAUGAACUUUUUGAGAAAAAUCAGAAGAAGAAAGAUGAUCCAAAUUUUGUGUAUGACAUUGUGGUAGAGUUCCCACAGGAUGAACAACUGCAGUCCUGUGGCUGGGACACAGAGUCAGCUGAUGAGUUCUGACACCAAACACUCAAUUUAUUGGGGUAGAAACAUAGAUGUAUUCUAGAAAUAUCUGUAAAGAACACCAAUUAUAUAUAUUGGGUCAUAAAUCGAGGACAUUUAUAUCUACUAUGUAGGUGCAUGAGGAAUAGAGGAAAAACAAUAUAGGAAUCUGCCUUUAAGGAACUUGCAAUCUAAUUGGGAGAUAACUCAAAAACUUAUGAAAAGCUAGUUAACAGUAUUAAGCAGCAAAAUAUUAGAGCCAGAUAACAGAGGCUUAGAUUAUUAUAGGUUAAAAUAGUCAGCAAAGACUUUUCCUUUAAUGGAGAGAUAGGAGUUUGCCUAGAUCUUGAAAUGGUAGUAUUUAUAUAGAUGCAUAUGUAGGAUUCCAAUUGAGGGCAGUGGAUAAAAGGUGAAAGGAUGUUAAAGAGACAAGAAAUAGAAAUUUUUAUUUGAGGAACAGUGAGCAAAUUAUGGUUUGAUGAGAUUAAGGGGCAUAUAUGGUUACCAAGAAAUUAUCCUUUAUGCAUUAUGCUUUUAAAUAUAUGAACAUUCUUUUGUAUGUAUACAGCCCUGGAGUAGAAAAGUACCUCUGCAAAAUUCCCUGCUGCUGCAAGUGGAUGUUAUGUGAUGGAUAUGAGGGGAAUUCUGCUCCUCUGGGAUAAGGAAAUGUAUACUAAAGACAUUUCUAAAUGUAUACUAAAGAAACCAGGAACCUCUUCCCAUAAGUGAGAGAGGUUUGUUUGUAAAAUGGGAAAUCCACCCAUAAUAAAUGAACAAUAGGUACUGCCAGUUUAAACCUAUUCAUGAAUUUGAAUGUACAAAGAAAGGAUUUUUAUUUAAUAAGGUUAUCUGUAUUCAGAUACAUUUGUUUUUACUCAAAUAUUAUUUAAUUGGUAAAAGUCCUAUACUUUCUAUAAGGAAAUUUAGUAUUAAGUAAAACUGUAAAAAC